AUGGAAACGGCAUCACACAACAAAUGGGAAGACGAUCACUCUGGAGGAGCAGGUGGAGGAGGAGGAGGAGGCGGUCGUCGUCCCAUGAGAAUGUCAGGUAGAGAAGAUGGCGGAGGAGGAGGAGGAGGCAAUAUACCAUUCUCAAAGAUGAUCUUCGACGGUAAAAGAAUGAGAAAGGCUAUUCAGAGAAGAACAGUCGAUUAUAACCAUAGUGUUGCUAGAUGGAUGCAGGAGCGUGUAUGGAUUCGAGACAGACGGGAUUCGCGGUACUUAAGGCCUGACCCCAACUUUAUCGUUAAUAUGCUUCCUCCUGUUGCCUACCUCGAUAACCCGAUUAAUGCUGUAACGACUAAAUUCAUCCACACAUCCACCAACAAGAUCAGAUUUCCUGUCAAUGUAGUUCGAUGGACACCCGAAGGUCGUCGAUUGAUUACAGGCUCUUCCAGUGGCGAAUUCACUCUAUGGAACGGACUCACGUUCAACUUUGAAACUAUCCUCCAGGCGCAUGAUUCAGCCGUGCGUGCCAUGAACUGGUCUCACAAUGAUAACUGGAUGAUUACCGGAGAUCACAGUGGUAUCAUCAAAUACUGGCAAUCCAACAUGAGUAAUCUGAAAAUGUUCCAGGGCCAUAAAGAAGCCAUCCGUGAUCUUACUUUUGCACCUUCUGAUACUCGUUUUGCCACCUGCUCAGAUGAUUCAUUGAUCAAAAUUUGGGAUUUCAAUACGGGCACUGAAGAAAAGACGCUGACAGGUCACGGUUGGGAUGUCAAGUGUGUCGACUGGCAUCCUUAUAAAGCAUUGCUAGCUUCUGGAAGUAAAGAUAAUCUGAUUAAACUGUGGGAUCCUAAAACUGCAAAGAACAUUACAACACUACAUGGCCAUAAAAACACGGUACUAGCUCUCGAAUGGAACCAAAACGGCAACUGGCUAGUUACUGCGGGUAGAGAUCAACUGGUCAAGGUGUACGAUAUCAGAACAAUGAAAGAGUUGCAGAUCUUUAGAGGCCACAAGAAGGAAAUCUGUUCUGCUAAAUGGCAUCCUCAACAUGAAAGACUGCUAGCUACUGGUGGUUCCGAUGGUGCAUUGAUGUUCUGGAUGACCGGCCAAGAUCAACCUGUAGGUGAGCAAGAGACAGCACACGAAAGCAACAUCUGGUCAUUAGACUGGCACCCUGUUGGGCACAUACUUGUCAGUGGCUCCAAUGAUCACACAACUCGUUUUUGGACUCGUCCUAGACCAGGAGAAUUGACAUCUGAUAAGUUUGACUCGAGUCAGCAUCAUGAUGAAGAACCAGCAACUGUCAAAAACGAGGAUUAUGGUAGACAGCAAUUCACAGAGCCUCCUCCCUUUAGGCCUCACAACGCUCAGGGCCCUCACAACAAGGUAGAGCCACCGCCCUUCAGACCAGCCAAUAUGCCUCGUCCUCCUUCCAUCAUGGAUAACAAUGGCCCUCCACCCUUUAGACCCAACAGUAACUUUGGCAACAAUGCUCCUCCUCCAUUCAGACCUCCACCUCAGCAACAUCAAGACAUGAUGGGCGGCAUGAUGAGACAGAAUCAAUCCCUUCCACCUCAACAAAUGCAGCACAUGCAACACCAGCAGCAACAAUUUGAUGGAGGAUACAGACCACAACAGCAGCAACAAAGAGGAGGCAAUCCACGUCAAUUUGGCAGAGGAGGCAUGCAACAACAGCAGCAGCAAAGACAUAACCCCAAUGAUCGCAAUACGCAGCACCAACAAGGAUAUAGACCUCCUCCUCCCAUGAUGAAUAAUAACAACAACAAUGGCAGAUACAAUGACUUUCAGCAACAGCAACCACCGAGAAUGAUGAACAACAGCAAUAACAAUAUGAACAAGAGACCUUAUCCUCAACAGCACCAGCAAGACAAUCUGCCAGGAUAUCGACCUCCUCCUCCUUUCAGCGGUGGUGGCAAUGGCAGUGGUGGCGGAAACCAACAUCAUCACCAACAACAGCAGUUCCAACAGCCAAGAGAUUCAAACAAGAAGCCAAGAAGAUGGAAUUAA